GUUACAUCAUCUAGAGUUUUCAUUCAACGAUAGACUUUACUCGAAAAUCUCAAUCGAUUGCGUAUUUGUUUACAAGAAGUAACAUUUUGAAUGUAGUAGAAUGAUUUACAUACAAGAUUUGCUGCUGUGGGCAGCCAAGCUGCUUAGUACGCCCGUUGAGCAGAUCCAGUUCAUAUUUUGCAUGCUGAUUUGUUUCCCGCUUGGAUCUGUGUAUCGCACGACACUGCAUCCGAAGAAGGUGUCAGCAAAUACACGCUUGGCAGUGACAAUACUUUGGGGUUUUCUUUUAGGCUGGAUAUGUUUGGGAAGCGAAAUGAUUCUCCUGAUUCUUGUGUGUGCACUUUCUUAUGGGUUAACCGUGAAUGUCGAUCCAAAGAAAGUCCACAAGGUCGUUAUUAUGGUGUCGUUGAUCUGGUUGUCAGUGGGACAAAUAGUCCGCAUGAUCCUGCACUAUGGAAUAAAUAGAUUCGACUACGCCGGCCGAAUGAUGAUCAUUUUCCAAAAAGUGACCUAUUUGGCGUUCAGCUUACAUGAUGGGCUUGGAAGACGAGAAGUUGAACUUACAAAGGAUCAAAAAGAGCAGCGAAUCACACGCAUUCCUUCAAUAUUGGAGUACUUUGGGUAUAUGUUUCACCACAGCACGCUUUUAGCAGGUCCUGUGUGUACAUUUAAUGACUACAUGGACUUUAUUGAAGGGCGCGACAUUGCACGUGCCACAGAUCAGGAAACGAAAAAGGAACCUUCACCAACCAAUGCUGUUGUAACCAAGUUUUCCUCCAGUAUCCUGUGUGUGGUCCUCUACUCCUUCUUGUCCAAAGUAUUUCCUUUCCAUCUUAAUGCAGAUUCCAAUUUCAUUGCCAACAGCUCUUUCUUAUGGAGAAUGGCUUUUCCCUUUUUUGCCAUGUUCACUACACGUCUCAAGUAUUACUUUGCCUGGAUCAUAGCGGACGCAGUAAAUAACGCAUGCGGCCUAGGAUUCAAUGGUUAUGAUUCGAGCGGGAGGGAGCUUUGGAACAAAAUGACUAAUGUUUAUCCAGUGGAUUUAGAGAAAUCUACUAACUUCAAAGACUUGUUGAGCAACUGGAACAUAACAACAAAUCUUUGGCUAAGAAGGACUGUUUAUCAGCGAGUAUCUCACCAUAGAACAUAUUUCACUUUAGCUGUAUCAACCAUAUGGCAUGGAUUUUAUCCUGGUUAUCUUCUGACAGUUUUAGUCUGUGGAUUACUCAUAAUAGCUGAGAGAAAAGCGCGACAUGCUUAUGGCGACCUUCACAGCAGGACAUUUCCUUUGAUCAAUGGCUUGUUGCAAUUUCUUCAAUGGAUGGCUUGUAACUUCCUACUCACCUCUUAUUGCUUGGCAGGAUUUGUACUGCUAAGGUUUGAUCUCUCAAUGAAUUUCUACAGGUCAACGUAUUUCAUUGGCCACAUUCUGUUAAUUGCAACGCUGAUCAUCUGCCCUAGUGGCAAACGAAGACCUUCCCAUGAUGCUAGCGGCUCGGUGACGCCAAGCGGCUCCUUCAAAUUUGAAAUGAACCACAAGGAUGAUUCUGUUUCAAGUUUGGCCAACAACAAUGCCUUACAUCGCAAAUUGAAGUGAAAAAAUUGUUGCGUCUAUAAUCAAUUAUUUAUCUUCCGUGGCAGUGGAUAUUAAUAUAGGGUUGACAAACCACGGAUAUUUAACAAAAAAACUAUAAAACGCUUUCACUCUCUGGCUCCGAGAGCCAAUUCUUCUGACAGACAUCCAUGUUUUACAUGAGGUAUCCAUGCGAAUCGUGAGAAAUGAUAUCUCGAAGAACUAUGGAGAAAUCCUCUGUUUGGACAUUGGCUCAACCUAAAUGCUCAUCUAAUUCUAAAGCUCUUGGCUUCAUCUUGCCAUAAUUAAAAUAAUAAUUAUAAUUAUAACGAAACUCUAAGUGUUUGAGUUGAUUGUCCAAUUAGACCACUCUUAUAUUUUUUACUUCUCGCAAAAAUAAGCAAAAUAAAGUCAUUCUUAAGUGACUCCCAGCCUUGGUACGAUCUCAGUAUGUACUUAAAUUUUGGUUUAUCUCAGCCUGAACGCUCUUAUAUCAAAAAGAGUGUAUUGCAAGUAAAUAAAAUUGAUGAAUAAAGUCAUAUCUCUAAGUA